GAACCUCUUCCUAUUUACACGCCAUUUAUCCCUGGAGCUAGCGACGUCAAAACAAACCAAGAUUUAAAGUUAUUUAUCGGUGUAGUUUGAUAGCUACAACCAAAACAAGACAUGAUUAAAGCGAUAUUGAUCUUUAACAACCACGGGAAGCCGCGGCUGAUCAGGUUCUAUCAAUAUUUUGCAGAGGACAUGCAGCAGCAGAUCAUUCGUGAGACUUUCCAUUUGGUAUCGAAGAGAGACGACAAUGUCUGCAACUUUUUGGAGGGUGGAAGUCUCAUCGGUGGAUCGGACUACAAGCUGAUUUACCGGCACUACGCCACCCUGUACUUCGUCUUCUGUGUGGACUCGUCUGAGAGCGAGCUCGGCAUCCUGGACCUGAUCCAGGUGUUUGUGGAAACGCUGGACAAAUGCUUUGAAAACGUCUGUGAACUCGACCUCAUAUUCCACAUGGACAAGGUCCAUUACAUCCUGCAGGAGGUGGUGAUGGGAGGAAUGGUGCUGGAGACCAACAUGAACGAGAUCGUAGCCCAGGUGGAGCUGCAGAACCGCAUGGAGAAGUCAGAGGGCGGCCUGUCGGCGGCGCCGGCGCGCGCCGUCUCCGCCGUGAAGAACAUGAACCUGCCCGAGAUUCCCCGGAACAUCAACAUCGGAGACAUCAACAUCAAGGUGCCGAGCCUGUCCCCGUUCUGAGGGGGUGGGCCCGCCGCCCUCGGCCCUCCGCCCUCGGCCCUCCGCCCUCCGCCCUCCGCCCUCCGCCCUCCUCCUCCAUCAGGACCUCCUCCUCCAUCAGCCCUGCGGUCGCCAGGGCAACGCUGCUUCUCAUUACCGUCCCAUGACUCCCCCCAUAGACAUAUAAACGUAGACGCCCCAUCGAUCGCUGAGCCGUACGUCAACGUCGCCGCCAUAUUGGAUGUUCAAGACUGCGCUGUAAACUAA